CCAAAGCCCCACAGUGUAAACCCGGAGUCCACCCCCUGACUUACCAGUUGGACAUGCUAGACAGGAAGAAGCCCAUAGUGUGUCUAGACAUGUACUACACCAACGCGAGUUCCUACUGUCAUGACAAAGACGACUCCAUUGAGUUCCAGAUCGUUCAAGAAGAGGUGGAGAAUUUGUUUUGUCUCAACCUCGACUAUCGCCUUUGGCAAACGUGUGUGCACGUUAAUGCAACAUUCAACAGGCUUAAUUUUCCAGACAAACCAGUUUCACAGGUUACAUUGAUAGCCAAGGAGAACGACAUGCACCCAAGAAAUGACACGAUAGUGUUUAGCGUCACAUUCAACACCGCCCCUAAAGUAGAGAUGACGUCAAAGACGUACGUUGUCAACGUCGCUACACAGGGCCCUCAGGUUCAUGUCAACAUCCCCAAGGUGUUCGGCGUUUCAGAUAACGACAAUGUGACGUACGACAUCAGAGUCCCUCAGCCUCAAGUUGGUAUCACCAUGUACACAGGACAACUAGUGGUGAACUUUAUUGAUGGGAACGAGAAGGAUAUAUCAGUAGAUAUUGAGAUCAAAGAUACUGGUAUUCCGAAAUUGACAACUGUGGUGACAGUCAAAAUAGAAUUUUUAUUCUUGAGCUGUGACAUGAGAGAACAUAUUUACGUCAAUUAUCAACACAUUGGAAACCCCGUCGGUAAACUAAACUGUCGGAUAAGCAAAGAAUAUGACAUGUCGGAUCUCUUCUACGUUACGGAUGAAGGUAAUUAA